GUGGCGGCCGCUGCGGCCUGUGGCGCCGUCACCGGCAGACUCCAGCGCGUCUAGCAAGGCGCUGCUGCCGCUGGCUGGGCGCGCGGAGACGGUUCGCAGCGCUGGGGCUCGGCUCGCCCUCCAGGUCCCGUUAUCAUGUCGCUGAGGCAGCACCUAGCCCAGCUGGCUGCCUGUCUGCAGGAGCCGCAGAAAGUGGCCCGUUUCCAGCGUCUGUGCGGGGUGGAGGCGCCGCCGAACCGCUCAGCCGACCGGAGGGAGGAUGAGAAGGUGGAAGCGCCGCUCGCCGGAGAUCCCCGGCGGCGAGGGCGGCAGUCAGGGGCGACCGAGGGCCCCCAGCCGCCCGGGAGCGACCGCAAUCAGUGCUCAGUCAAGCCGGACGGCAGCGGCGCCCCCAACGGCGUGCGGAACGGGCUGGCGGCCGAGCUGGGCCCGGCCUCGUCGCAGCGCGCGGGCUCCUUGCGACGCAACUCGCUGACGGGCGAGGAGGGCGAGCUGGCCCGCGUGAGCAACUGGCCGCUCUACUACCUGUUCUGCUUCGGCACGGAGUUGGGCAACGAACUCUUUUACAUCAUGUUCUUCCCUUUCUGGAUCUGGAACCUGGACCCCCUGGUGGGUCGCAGGCUGGUGAUCAUCUGGGUGCUGGUCAUGUACCUGGGCCAGUGCACCAAAGACAUCAUCCGCUGGCCGCGACCCUCCUCGCCGCCCGUGGUCAAGUUGGAGGUCUUCUACAACUCCGAGUACAGCAUGCCCUCCACCCACGCCAUGUCUGGCACCGCCAUACCCAUUGCUAUGGUCCUCCUCACCUAUGGCCGCUGGCAGUAUCCUCCUGUAUAUGGACUGAUUCUUAUUCCCUGCUGGUGUUCUCUAGUUUGCCUAAGUAGAAUUUACAUGGGAAUGCACUCCAUUCUGGACAUUAUUGCUGGAUUCCUAUAUACCAUUUUAAUCUUAGCUGUCUUCUAUCCAUUUGUGGACCUGAUUGACAACUUCAACCAAACUCACAAAUAUGCUCCACUAAUCAUCAUCGGUCUUCAUUUAGCUUUAGGGAUCUUUUCUUUCACUCUUGAUACCUGGAGCACAUCCCGUGGAGACACAGCUGAGAUUCUAGGAAGUGGUGCUGGAAUUGCAUGUGGAUCCCAUGUUGCUUAUAGUGUGGGUCUACUAUUAGAUCCUUCUUUAGAGAUACUACCUUUCACUAGGCCUCCCAUUACUGUGACUCUGUUUGGAAAAGCCAUAUUGCGGAUCCUCAUAGGAAUGAUAUUUGUACUAAUAGUCAGAGAUAUAAUGAAAAAGAUCACCAUUCCUUUAGCCUGUAAAAUCUUCAACAUACCAUGUGAUGAUAUUCGAAAAGCAAGACAGCACAUGGAAGUUGAACUUCCUUAUCGAUAUAUUACCUAUGGAAUGGUUGGUUUCUCUAUCACAUUUUUGGUUCCCUACAUAUUUUUCUUUAUUGGUAUCUCUUGAUGGGGAAAUACUGUUUGUGAUAAGAAAGGAAGUUAUCAGUUACUGAUACCUAAAAAUAUACUCUAAGUAAAAGAUCAGAGUUAGGCUUUUGCAAGAAUUUAACUUAAAUAAUUAUUUAAGUAAAUUCUUAAGAGUCAGUGCUUUUUAUCAUUGCACAUCCAGAUAUUGUUUUAGGUGAGCUGAACUAUUUCUAUACUGAGAAAAUGAUUAAGUAUCUAUUUAGAAUGUUCAUGUAAUGUUUGGAGAGUUUUGUGCUAUUAUGGAUUCAAGUUAUAUAUAAUAUAUAUUAAGGUACAUAAUAUACAAUUAUAUGUCUAAUAUAUGUUAUAUAUAAAAUAAUAUACCUAAGGUUUUUUUUAAACUGUGGGGUGUAUUAUUAAAUCAAUAAUAAUAUGCAAACAGUUGUGCCUGUGUAUUUGGAAUUAAUACAGGUAUGUUAUUAACAAAUAUAUUUAACAUUUAUUUACUAUGGGAGCCAUUUCCUAAUUGAAUUGCAUAAUUAAUAGACCAGAAUUCAUAUGCUACCACAUAUUAAUUUACUGCCUCUUUUUACACUGCCAUCACCUUUCAUGUUACCCGUGAUGUUGAACAUGGGAGACAUUUUUAAUGGACCAAAUUUUCAGAAAAAUUAGUUUUUAGAUUCUUUUUUUUUUAAAGUUCUGUACACUGUGUUGAAUGUACUUUUUUUUGCAACUGUUUUGUACAUCAGUUUAAUAAUUCAGGUACUGAAUUUUAUUGCUUGCUAAUUGUGCCUUUCUGUUGCUGAAUUAAGAAAUGUCAUGUAUACUGUGAUAUAAAAGACUAAUUCUAUCUUAAUUACAUAUAAUCAGGCAAAUAUUUAAAAAAUAUAUGUCAAACUAACAGGGAUUGAACUAAACCACCCUUAAUCCUUUAGACCUUUAUUUAGAAAGAAAUGUGGAAUGGGCUAAAAUUUCUCACUAAUUUAUUGGAAAGCUAAAAGGAUAAAUAUUUUCCAUUUUUGUAGGUAUUUUUCUGUGUAUUGUAAGUUAUAGGAACAAGAUAUAUUUUUUUGCACAUUGUCUUAAUUGUUUAUACUGCAGGUAGAUAUUUCCAAUGAAUGGAAAUGUAGUUGAAAUUUAUAGAUGGGACGGUGCAAAUGCUUCAUACGUAAAAACAUUUUUCUAAAUUUGGAAAGGAUUGGAUUGCCCACUGUUAACUUUUAAUACUCACUUAUUAGCUACUCAAGAUAAAUUAUAAAAUCUAAAAAUAAUAAGUAUCAAUCAUUUAGAUCCUAUUAUUUUUCCCACUUUUUAUUGUUUUCACAGUGGAAAAUUUGGGUAUAGUAUGCAACUAUUUUUUUUUUGUCUGUGCCUUUAUAUUUUCAAGUGUGAUUGUAAUUAGAUUAACAUAAUUUUAUUUGUAGUAAGAUAUUCAUAAAGAAGAGAAUUAACUUUCCAUAUAGAUGAACAUCAGGUAUGGGAUUACUGAUUUUAGUGCAAUAUCUAUGAUUAUCCUGAAAUAUCAAUUCAGAUGUAUCUAUUUUGCAUAGCAUAACUAUUUGAGCUCAUAUUUUUAUAAUUCUGAUUGAGAAUUUAGGGACAUGGUAAUUUUUACCGAAACUGAAUCUGAUAAUUUUAAAUAAAGCAAUUAAAUUUGGGCUCUUUACCUAUUAAAAAGAAACCAAGGCACUUUGGAACCUAUCGGUACGUUGGAAAAUGUGAAAAGAGCUUUUCUUUCAAAAACGUGUGGUUAUUGAAUGAAUUUUGGGGUCUAUGCUAUAUUAUUAAUUUUUAUGUCUAGCUCAAAAGUAUUUGAAAAUAUUCCAUUUUUUUGUGUUUUAUUAUUUUCUGUCCUAUGACAGUUCUGUGCUAAAUGUAUUUUAAAAUAAAAGUCAAAUUCAAGAUUAAA